AAAAAAUGUGACAUUUAACAUAAAUACAUUCGAUUAAAACAAACUAUACGAAGUAGAAGUUAGAAGCAAGAUGAACUUUACCUCCUAAUAACAAGACCAAUUUAUCUUGAGCAAUUCAUGUGCUCUAAUCACCGUCCAACUUAGAUUGAAUUUGAAUCUCAAAGGCAUCUAAAAUAUCCAACAUAAACUUUUAAGGUAUGACAGGAACUCAAAAUUGACACAACCACCCCACAGUCCAAAAUUCAUACCACGUUUUUUAUACCAUCAUUUGUCGCGUACGGACGGGUUCCCAAUUCUUGCGCGUCCAUCUUCCCGAGUCUUCUGGAUGGUUUGGAAUAUUUAGUUGAAUGUGGCUGUUUCAACUUUCCAUGGCACGUGAAUUGUGCGUAUGAAUAAAAACUUACAAAUACUUUUGCUUCGGUUUUUUGCUAGUAGACCGCCGACCGCGAAAGUGGAGGCCGCCACAGUGGGGCGUGGGAUGCGGGCAGUGGGAAGUGGGAAGUCCAUAGGUAUAUAGGGACAUGUAUAUAAUGGCAUCAUGGUCCUCUCACACUCAUCGUCAUCCUAUCAUUCUUUUUCUUUCUUUCUCGUUUGAUAGCUUUCUCUGAUAAUGGCUUCUUCUACCCCUGCUCUCAGGAACUUCUCUUCCUCGUUCAAGCUGCUCAACCCUAGAUCUGUCUCCUCUACCCCUGCCCACCGACUCCUCCCUUUCAAGUUCUCCAACCCAUCUCCAUCCCACAACCUCACGCUCCACUCCACACACUACAGUUUCCCCAAACCCGCGAGAUCUAUCUCUUUCUCAUGCAAAGCCCAGAGCAGCCCUUCAGAUCCUCCCCGACCCACUAAAGUGCAGGAACUCCAUGUGUACGAGAUCAAUGAGAGAGACCGUGGAAGCCCAGCUUACCUCCGAUUGAGCCAGAAAUCUGUCAAUUCCCUCGGCGAUCUCGUCCCUUUCAGCAACAAGAUCUACACGGGAGACCUGGAGAAGCGGUUGGGAGUAACAGCGGGGCUAUGCGUGCUGAUACAGAAUGUUCCAGGGAAGAAAGGAGACAGAUACGAGGCCACAUACAGCUUCUAUUUCGGAGACUAUGGUCACAUAUCGGUGCAGGGGGCUUACUUGACCUACGAGGAUACGUAUCUGGCCAUCACCGGUGGUUCCGGAAUCUUCGAAGGGGCCUACGGUCAGGUUAAGCUUCAGCAGAUUGUUUUCCCCUUUAAGCUCUUCUACACCUUUUACUUGAAGGGCAUCAAGGAGUUGCCGGCGGAUCUCUUGGGGAAGCCGGUCUCCCCGUCUCCCAAUGUGGAGCCAGCGCCUUCCGCUAAGGCCUGUGAGCCCCAUGCCUGUAUUGCUAAUUUCACCGACUGACCCUUGACAAGUAGGAAAUUAUGCGUUUUGGCAGUGGUUGUGGGGUCAUUGUCCCAAAGUGGAGCUCAAGCCUUUACAAGCUAAAGCACCCUAUGUAAUAUUUAGAUUUCAAUAAAGACUAUAAUUAUGCCA